UCAACUGGAAGCCAGUGGAGAGAGCGGAGGAGCGGGGUGACGUGAGAGAACUUGGGAAGGUUGAACACCAGAUUAGGACCUGCGCCGCUUCCUGUGUGAGGCAGGGUCGUACUCUGCGGAUGUUGUAGAGCAUGAACCUACAGGAACGGGCCACCGCCUUGAUGUUAGUUGAGAACGACAGGGUGUUUUCCAGGAUCACGCCAAGGUUCUUAGCGCUCUGGGAGGAGGACACAGUGGAGUUGUCAACCGUGAUGGCGAGAUCAUUACUCAUCUUAUAUGUAUAUACUGUACUCUAUACCAUCUACUGCAUCUUGCCAUCUUUAUGUAAUAGAUGUAUCACUAGCCACUUUAAACAGUGCCACUUUUAUAUGUUUACAUACCCUACAUUACUCAUCUCAUAUGCAUAUACUGUACUCGAUACCAUCUACUGCAUCUUGCCUAUGCCGUUCUGUACCAUCACUCAUUCAUAUAUUUUUAUGUACAUAUUCUUCAUCCCUUUACACUUGUGUGUAUAAGGUAGUUGUUGUGAAAAUGUUAGGUUAGAUUACUCGUUGGUUAUUACUGCAUUGUCGGAACUAGAAGCACAAGCAUUUCGCUAUACUCGCAUUAACAUCUGCUAACCAUGUGUAUGUGACAAAUAAAAUGUGACUUGAUUUGAAUUGUACAUUGAGAACUUGGGCCUCUUUCUAGAGCUACAACCUGAAGAUCACUGACGUCAUCAUGAUUCAACCUUGUUUUUUUUUCAGAGUUCCCAGUUGUCUUGAAAGCACCAUAAAUCCAGAGAAUGACAGACUUUGAUUACAAAGUUUGACAACAAAAUUUGCCCACGAAGGACCGCCGCACCACCUUCCUGUUCAAGUGAGCACAGCACAAGGAACGAGGCCCCACCUCUUGUUUUCCCCCAACCCUGAGUCAUAUACAUUUGAGUCAGCGGUGAGUGUGAGUGCAUUUUGCUCCUUCUCUUCCUCUUGCUUCCUCUUCUUUUUAUAUCUGUCUUCCUCUGCCUCUCUUUCUCCAUCCUUCUCUCUCUUCUCCCUCUGAUUUUGAUCUCUGUCUACCCCUUCCCACAAAUUUUUUCCUCUUCUCCCUCUGCUCCCUCACUCACGCGCUGUCUUGCGUCUCUACCGGGAAUCCUAAGCGCAUCCCUGGUCUCGCAGGUGGACAGCGGCCCACUACCCAGGAGCCACCAUUCCCGCCCCGGAGAGCUCCACGCUGGCAGCGCAGCCCCUUCCGCGGCUCAGCAUUGGGAGGAAGACCCUGGUGGCAGCCGCCGUGGGGGUCAUGCUAGUCCUGGUGCUGGUGGUCCUCAUCCCCGUGCUGGUCAGCUCAGUGGGCACAGACGACGCCAGCCACUUUGAGAUGCUAGGCACCUGCCGCAUGGUGUGCGAUCCCUAUCUGGACUCAGGGGGCACAGGGAAAGCUACCUCCACCACGGGCCUCCAGGCGGAAGCAGAGGCUGAGGAGCUGAUUGACCACAGCAUCGGCCCGCCAAUGCCCACCUAUGGUGGCCAUGGUUCACAGGGAAAGCCCGGACGGCCUGGGAAACCCGGACCCCCAGGACCACCCGGAGAGCCCGGUCCGCCUGGGCCCAAAGGACCCCCAGGGGACAGAGGAGACGCUUUGAAGACGGGGAUACUGGGUCUGGGGGGCCAAGGAGCCAUCGCCACAGCCACCUACAGCACCACGCCACGGGUGGCUUUCUCUGCGGGACUCCGGAACCCCCAGGAGGGUUACGAGGUCCUGAAGUUUGACGAUGUGGUCACCAACCUGGGGGAUAACUACGAUAGCUCGCUUGGCAAGUUCACGUGCAAGAUCCCCGGCACCUACUUCUUCAUCUACAAUGUGCUGAUGAGGGGAGGGGAUGGCACCAGCAUGUGGGCGGACCUGAUGAAGAACGGUCUGGUCAGGGCCAGUGCCAUAGCCCAAGACCAGGACCAGAGUUAUGACUACGCCAGCAACAGUGUCAUCCUUCAUUUGGAUGCCGGGGAUGCGGUCUUCAUCAAACUGGACGGGGGCAAGGCCCACGGGGGCAACAGCAACAAAUACAGCACCUUCUCAGGGUUCAUCCUCUAUGCUGACUGAUUAGGGGGUCGUAGGUCAUGGUUUACAGGGCAUUCACUUCCUGUCUUUCACUCCUCGUUCUCAUUCAUUCUCCAUAUUAAGCUCCAUUUUUUUUAAUGGGUUGCCUAUUAUCAUUGUGAAGAUGCAGGGAGGUCUAUCAACAAUAGUGGUUCACUUAUGGUUGUUCUUUCAGUUAUGACGCUGAUGUAAGGGUGACAUUUUGACAGUGCAGAAAAGCAGCGCUGUUGUCAACCUAAACCUGCAUCACUUCAAAUGUACGUCUGGAAUUCAAUGGUUACGUGACUGUAUUGUGUAUCAAUAACCUCCAUCGUUCAGACCUGGAUUCAAAUAGUACUGUUUUCCUUCAAAAACUUGAGCUCCCCUGGCACAGUGGAAUGAAUUGAAUCUUGAAUUGAAUCUUAAAAGUGCAUCUGUCACUAAAGACAGUCUCAAUCAAAUGCUCAAAGUUUUUCAAAAGAUACUAAUAUUAAUUAAACCCCUGGUCUGGUAUUGUUACAUGGUAAACCCACAUUAAAGGGAUAGUUCAACCAAAUUACAAAAUAGAUAUGUUUUUCCUUUCCCUGUAAGCAGUCUUUGGAGACAGCAAUCCAUGCUUUGGUUUUGUUUACCAGGCUGCGGUCACCAAUUGCUACCUUUAGUAUUUUUGUCCAAAAACCAUUUCAGAUUAAUGUCACUCCAAUGUCUGCCAAAUUAGCAUGUUUUACACUUCAUACCCAAAUCAACGACUGUUUACAGGGUAAGGAAGUCACGUUUAUAUUUUGGCUGAAUUAUGCUACUAGCUUACAAGUAUUGGUAAAAACAAAUAGUAUUUUUUGACACUAGCAUUGCUUUUUCACGUUGUCAAAAUUGAGGUCCAUUGGGUCUCUUUAUGUUAGAGCGAUUUUGGAAUUAAGACACAUGUCAUUAAACCGACCGAGUUUUUUAACCCAGUGUUGUCUGAUGAAUAAGAGAUCUUGUAAUAUUACCCAGUACAUUUUUAAAUAUUAUUCAUUUAUUUCUAUGUAAAUAAAUAUCAAUGUGCAAACACCAUUGGAGCCAGGGUUCGGGUCAAUUCAAAUUGAAGGCAUUCAAUACAGAAACUAAACUGAAAUUCCCAUUCAAUAAUUGAAAAAAGGGCCUCUAUUUUUACUGAAUUCUCAAUAAACUAAAAAGUAGAAGCUAUUUAUUCCAUAAGUGGUUAAGUUUUAGAAUUGUUUAUUCAAAUCACUUCCUGAAUUGAGUGCCUUCAAUUCGAAUUGACUCCAACACUGAUUGGAGCAGUGCCUGUACUGCACUUAUAACCCUGUGUGUAUAUAAAUACAAUUAUAGUGUACAUAGACUGACCAGGCGAAUCCAGGUGAAAGUUCUGAUCCCUUAUUGAUGUCACCUGUUAAAUCCACUUCAGUCAAUGUAGAUGAAAGAGAGGAGACAGGUUAAAGAAGGAUGUUUACGUCUCGAGAGCAUUGAGACAUGGAUUGUCUAUAUGUGCCAUUCAGAGGGUGAAUGGGCAAGACAAAAUAUUUAAGUGCCUUUGAACGGGGUAUGGUAGUAGUUUCCAGAAUCACUGGUUUGAGUGUCAAGAACUGCAACGCUGCUGGGUUUUUCACGCUCAUCAGUUUCUCAUGUGUAUCAAGAAUGGUCCACCACCCAAAGGACAUCCAGCCAACUUGAUACAACUGUGGAAAGCAUUGGAGUCAACAUUGGCCAGCAUCACUGUAGAAUGCAUUCGACACCACUGCCCCAACGAAUUGAGGCUGUUCUGAGGGCAAAAGGGGAUGCAACUCAAUAUUAGGAAGGUGUUCCUAAUGGUUUGUACACUCAGUGUAUGCAAUAUACACUGGGGUCCAUAAUUAUUGACACCCUUGAUAAAAAAAAUGAGCAAAAAAGACUAAAAUAAAUCAUACAAAUACUGAGCUAUAUUGUAUGCCAAAAAAAGUGGACAAUUAUAUUAUUUUAUACAAUUGCUCAGAGAACGAGACUUUGUUUAACAAGUAAUAUUUAAAAAAUCUCUAAAAGAUAGGCGUAACAUUUUUUUGACUCCCCUGUUUUCAAUACUCUUCAAAACUCAAUAGACUUGUGAGGAUAACGACACUGAGCCUUUUUCUGAAAUGUCUGGAGACUGAGAUGGCAAAUGUAAAAUGUUGAUUUUGUGUACAUUUGAAUGAUUUAUUUGUGAAAUUUGAUUAGUGUUUCAGUUUAUUGUCUUGCUGGAUGAUCCACUUGUGGCCUAGUGUCAGCCUCCUGGCAGAUGCAAACAGGGUUUUGACUAAAAUGUCCUGGUACUUGGUAAAGUCAAAGAUUGCUUUUACAUUGACAAAAUAUUCUAGUGACCACUCAAACAAUGGAAAUACGUGUCCUCAAAGAUGGAAGGCAGGCGGUAGGAGGCGUGCUCAGGUGGGACCAUUCUAGCCAAUGACAGGGCAGAUAUGAGUGUGAAUACCAGGCCAUUGAGAUAGAUAGAGGACUCAUCUUUGUAUCUGUGCCAUUAUAGCAUCUGUGACAGCAGAGGCUUUCUUCUUCAUUGGCCGCUUGCUCACUCAUAGGAAUCCCCACCCAGUUGACUACUUUAAAAUGGUGAAAGCCCUCAAUGGCAAUGUUCAUGCUAAAACAGGUUAUAUCCAUGAUGAGUCCUCUAUCUAUCUAUAUGACAACAGGCACAACUUCGAUUUUAAAGUCGUAUUUGGGUAAGUUGCCGAAAUGCCACGUCCACUUAUAUUUUGUGCAUUCGUAAACAACCUAACCAUUACUUAAUUUCUACUUGUUCAAAUAAGCCUCACUUAGGAAAUUGACCUUCGCAUUGACCUUCGCCUCUUCCUCUCUGGUAAAGUUCAUGAUGCCUUUGACCUUAACAAGGGCCUUAGGAACAGUAACAGCUAAAUAUCCCCAUAAAAUCAAAGAUCCAGCACCAUAUUUUAUUUUUUGUAGGCAUGAGGUACUUUUCUGCAUAUGCUUCUGUUUGUAGACGCCAAACCCACCACUUGUGUGCGUGGCCAAAAAGCUAUUUUUAAGCAAAAUCUCUGAGCAAUUGUAUUAGUAUGAAAUAAUAUUAUUGUCCUUUUUUUGCACACAAUAUAGCUCAGUAGUUGUAUUAUUCACUUUACCCUGUGUUCUUUCCCAUAUUUUUAUCAAAGGUGUCAAUAACGAUGGACCCCACUAUAAUUGACAUACACUGUGUUCAAAACAUUAGGAAUACCUUCCUAAUAUUUUGUCACAACCCCCUUUCCUCUUAGAACAGCUUCAAUUUGUCGGGGCGUGGACUUUACAUGGCGUCAAGGGUUCCACAGGGAUGCUGGCCCAUGUUGACUCUAAUGCUUCCCACAGUUGUAUCAAGUUGGCUGGAUGUUCCUUGGGUGGUGGAACAUUCUACCAUUCUUGAUACACACAGCAAAUUGUUGAGUGUGAAAAACCCAGCAGCGUUGCAGUUCUUGACACACUCAAAGCGGUGCACCUGGCAUCUACUACCAUAGGCACUUAAAUCUUUUGUCUUGCCCAUUCAUCCUCUGAAUGGCAUACAUACACAAUCCAUCUCUCAAUUGUCUCAAGGCUUAAAAAUCAUUCUUUAAACUGUCUCCUCCCCUUCAUCUACAAUGAUUGAAGUAGAUUUAACAAGUGACAUCAAUAAGGGAACAUAGCUUUCACCUGGUUAGUCUAUGUCAUGGAAAUGUAAUGUUUUGUACACUCAGUGUAUAUAAAUAUCCUUAUUACAUGAUUCACCUGUUCUCAGAUCUGUUUGUGGUAUCAUGCCAACUCCUUGUUGAAAAGGAGUGAAAAGGAGAGGCAUGAUAGUACAAAUAGACUGGUACCCAGGCUAAUAAAUGAUGCAGCCAUUUAAGAUAUUGAUGUAAAAUGUCACAAGUGAGUGGUACUUGCAUUUUGAUGUUCACCACAUCCAUCUACCAAAAGCCAUUGAUUCUGAUAGUGCAUGCAUAUUUUGUUUUCUAGUCAAUGUUAUCCGUUUCAACCAAUGAAAGUUAGCUAAGAUGCAAUUGAUGGCAGGGAAUGGAAGGGAUUUUUGUGUGCUUUUUCUAUUUCAUGCUUUAAUCGUUCAUGACUUUUGGUAAUAAAUGGGAUUUUUUGCUUCUCCUCUCA